AUUGCACAAUCAAGCAAGAGAAACUUCUUCAAUUUCCUACAGAUUACCCUAUAUUCAACCAGAAUUUUUAAUUAUUUCAAUAUGAGUUCAUCAAUCAAAAUUUGGACAGUUGCAGCUAGUGUUGGAGUUGUGGAAGCCUUGAAAGACCAAGGCUUAUGUAGGUGGAAUUGUGCUUUAAGAUCAGCUCAACAUCAUGUUAAACAUCAUUUCAGAUCUUUGUCUCAAGCAAGGAAGGUUUCUACCUCUAAUUCAUAUGCUAUGGUUUCUAGUAGAUUAAAGGAACAAAAAGCAAAGCAAUCAGAGGAAUCUUUGAGAACAGUCAUGUACUUAAGCUGUUGGGGUCCCAACAAUUAGAGCCAUCAAGGGCUAUUAGGAAGAAAGAAAAAAAAAAUUGUAUCUGGAAUCAUAGUGAUCAGUGUAGUAUAGUAUCCAAAAUUAAUUGUCCACUAUUGUGACAUAUAUUGAUGUAAAUUUUGAUAAAUGGAAAAUAUAAGCGUUUAUUGAUA